CUAGAGCGCAACGUGCCCGCAACAAAAGAAUUGUGUGACACCAGUGCUGCAUCUUCCUGGCGCGCUCGGUUUCACUCGCCCACCCGGCUCUUAUUAAGCCCGAGCUCUAGUUCCUUUUCUUCCCUUAGCUCUUCCUCGCUAGCCAAGUAGCCCGGGCAGUCACACUGAUUGUGCUCGAGAAUCAAGGCAUGAAAGCGACGACACCUCGCGGCGGCGGCGUGGAGACUGCGAAGCCGAAGAAGAGGAAGAAGGCGGGCGCGGGUGGGUUCAUCUUUGGCUGCGGCGGCUCCAGGUCUGUGGCCGUCGUCGCAGACAAUCUCUCCACGAUGGCACUGGCCAAGUCGUCGUCGUCGUCGAGCGCCGGACCAACGGCGGAACCAGCGCCCGCAGCGAAGCCCAAGGCGCCGGCCUACCACGACGCCGAGGGCGCGCCGAGCGUGGACGCGCUCCUGGGCCAGCUCCGCGAGCUGGAGCGCGGCGUCCGCGCGCUGGGCGUCCGGGCCCGGGAGGAGGACGGCGUCGCGCAGGCGUGCCGUUGCAGCGCGAGGCCGCCGCGGCACCGGCAAGGUGGGCGCGGUCGGCUGGAGGAGGAGAGCGUGGCGGUGGUGACGGAGACGGAGGACCCGCUGGGCGAGUUCCGGCGGUCCAUGGCGGAGAUGGUGGUGGAGAACGGGAUCACGGGCGGCGCGGAGCUGCGGGAGCUGCUGCAGCGGUUCCUGUCGCUCAACGCGGCGCGCCACCACCACCUCAUCCUCCGCGCCUUCGCGGACGUCUGGGAGGAGCUCUUCGCCGGCGACCCCACGAAGAAGCUGAAGCAGAAGCGUCCUGCUGUCUCCCCUGCAGGCCAUGGCGCCCGGGCGAGCAGCUAGCUGCACGGCACGUACGUACCGCGCACUGACAAGUUAACUACAGUCCGUAAACUUCCCCAUGCACGCACCCUCGGGAAUUGUUGCCGUCCGAUCCGAUGAAAACAUGCGUCGCGUGCGUGGUUUUCAGUGCCGUGAUGAGAAGGAGCGUGCAUGUGGCUGUGGCUGGCACCUGAGCCGAGCCUGAAUCAGUUCUCUCUUCCGUUAAUCCUGUAAAGAUAUCAUCGUACCUACAUUUCCCGUGAA